AUGACCACACCGAUUCCAUUGGACAAAACUUCAUCGGACUUACCCAAAAGACUCAUCAGUAAGGUUUCAAAGAAUUAUGAGAGGUGGCUGCAGCAUAUUAACGAUCAGUUUGAACGUGACGAAAGAACUAAAGGUUCUAGAGACAAAAAUUUGACCCAAGGAAAGAUAUCGGAACCCAUAUUUGAUUACAGCUUGCUCGAAGAAUUAGAGAAAGCGUCUAAUGAGUUCAGCAAUAAACUUGACUUGUUAAAAAAAUUAGAUCCAGAAAAGGUACUGCCUUCUAAUUCAUCUAAGAAUUUGGCUCCAGAUAAGACGAAUAUAGUGAGUCUGAAACAUAAAAAAGCUCAUCAUUUUUCGGACAAAACGUUGAAUCACUUUGAGAUUGAAAUUCUACGCGACAAGAUUUAUGACAUGAUUAAAUCUGAAAACUUGGGAGAUAAUCCGGUACAGCGCUACUCAACAGAAGAUGGUUUUUCGUUGUAUGGAACCAAAGACGAAGAAGGUUUGUAUCACGAAAACGCCAAUUCAUGUUCUGAUAAUGACAAUGAUGAUAAUGAAGUGGAGCCUCAUUUAGGCGAUAGAUGCCCCAUAUUUCCAAACUCGCAGCAUCACAUUGAAUUAGAACUCAGUUCCUGUGCUUGCUGUGACCAUUCUGAUUCUGAUCAUGGAAGUGCUCAUUAUGGAGACGAUAAUGAUGCCAUAGAAGGAAAUGGGCCAUCCUGCGAUUUCACAUUCGAGUAUGAUCAUAAAGGUAACCUAAUUUCCUCAUAUGACAACGUGGAAAAGAACCUUCGCUUGUUAAAUAUAGCCUCGAAUAAUGAAAAGAGUGCCAAAGCCGAACACUCGACACCUGUUCAAAUGAGGAAACCCAUAGAUCAAGGCUUACGGAGAAGCGAUAGGAAGAAUAAAAAUAAGAAGAAAGACAAGAUAGAAUCUAAGUCUUAUUCAGGUUUGUUUCAACCAUGUUGUUUGUUCUGCGAAUACGAAGCCAUUUUUGGAAGCAAACCUCGUCAGUUGAUCAAGAUUUACGAUGCAAAGAUCAAGAAGGAACAAAAGAGAAGAAAUGAGUUCAAAAUGAAGCUUGAUCAUUCUAAACGGAAAGCACUUGAACGACAAAGGCGUUUGAAAGAACUAGAUGAGCACCAUCUGCAUCCUAACUGA